CGCUCUUCAAAAUCAUGAUUUGAAAAUGGAAUCGUUUAAAUUCUUGUAUUUAGAAGCCUGUGAAAAUUUAAAUUUUCAACCCUGUGAAAAAAUAUUGUCUAGAGUCGAAGAUGCUGGGCAUACAACUUCUCUUACAUUGUUGGGAGCUCAAUUAACAGACGAGACUUGUAAAGCUUUUGGACAAGCUUUUAUCAAAGAUGUUCAUGUGAAAGAAUUAGAUUGUAGUAAUUGCCUGCUUUCUAAUGAGGGUUUAGCAAAUAUUUUAUCGGGAUUAGAGAAAAACAGAUUUUUGCUAUCUUUAAAUUUAAAAGGUAAUAAUAUCAGAAGUUCUGGAACUGAAGUCUUAGGAAAAUUUUUACGUCAUAAUAAUCAUUUACAAAACCUGUUUCUAGAAUGGAAUGGACUUGGAAUUUUUCCUGAAAAAUUUGCUAUCUUUUGUGAAGGUCUUAGUAUAAACAGUUCUUUGAAAGUAUUAGAUUUGAGAAACAACCAGCUUAAUCAUGUUUGUGCUCAAGCAGUCUCUAAUGCGUUAGUGAGAAAUUCUUCAUUGCAGAAACUUGAUUUACGCUGGAACAAUAUUGGUUUGAUAGGAGGCCGUUCUGUAUUAAAAUCUCUGUCAAGAAAUAAAACGAUUAUUUCACUUGAUAUCGCUGGAAAUGAUCUACCAUCAGAUUUAUUAGAAGCAAUAGAAAUAGCUACUUCUGCAUCUGCCCAAAGGUACAUAACAAAUAAUGAAUAUAUUACAAGAUCCCAAUUUCUAACUUCAAAAUUACAAGAAAAGGAAGAAGAAAGAAACACACAGGUGAAAUCAUUAAUGGAACAGCUUGAGAAGAUGGACAAAGAUGCAUUAAUGCAGGAAAGGUUGUAUGCAGAAAAACUUAUCCAAGUUGAAGAAGCUUUAGUUGCAAAAGAUAAGAUGUGUGAAAACUUAACUGCUAGAAUUCGAGAAUUAGAGACUGAAUUACAUUCCUUAUCAGAAAAGAAUAAUCAGCUUGCUCUCACAGUUAAUGCAAAUGAAAUUCAGUAUAAGGAAUCAGUAGAAACAAUUAAAUCAUCUUUAAACAAAGAAUUAAGGGACAAGGAAAAGAUUGAAAGAGAACUUCUUGAGAAAAUUGGAACACUUAAAGAAGAGAAUUUAUUUUUAAAACAACAGAUACAAGACCUUAAGAUUUCACAAACUCACUCAUCUGAACAAAUGGUGAAAUUUCAAGAAAACAUAGUGAAAUUAGAGGCUACAUUAAAACAAGAACAAGAAUUAUUUAAAAAUAAAAUAGCCCAUCUGAAUGAGAGGCAUGCAGAAAUAAUCAAAGAAAAUGAAGAACUACAUCAGAAUGAAAUUUCAAGAAUACGAGAAGAUUUCUCUGAUCAUGAAAAAAUUCUUAAGCAGAAAAUAUCACUAUUAGAAUCCAGGAAAAAUGAAUUGGAACAGGAACUCAAAGAAAAGACAAUUCAGAUGUUUUCAGAAAGAAAGCAUGCUGAAGCAAUGCAAAUCCAAAUUGAAAAGAAAUUAAAAUCUGAUCAUGAAAUGAUUCGGCAGCAGUUAGAAGAAAGAAUUGCAAUGCUUGAAGAUACUAACAAAGAACAAAAUGAUCAUAUGCAACGAGAUCUUCAAGUGUUAUAUCAGUUAAAAACUGACAUCACUGGUCUUGAUUUGGAAUUGUCUGAACAAGCGCAUGAAAUUCAACAUUUAAAAAAAUGUUUAGAAGAAAAGGACAUUGAAAUGAAGAAUCAUGAGGCAAAAGUUAAACUUGAAGUUAAGGAUAAACUUGAGGAACUGCAGAGAGUAAAGGAUGAAAUUCAAGGACUUAAACAGCAAAAUGAUUUACUACAUGAGAAAAUAAAAGAAAUAGAAAUAAAGCACCAAGAAGAACUGCAAGAAAAGGAUGACAUUAUUCAGAAUUUGAAAGAACAAUUUCAGCUUCAACACAGCAAAAUCAACCAAAUGAUGGAAAAUGAAAAGAAAAGAACUUUGCAGCUCCAGAAAGCUUUCGAAACUUACAUGAAAGCAGCUGCUCCUUCAAUUAAUGAUAAUGCCGUACCAUCAGGUGAUACAUCCCCCUUAACAAAGAAUAAAGAAGAUUUUACUUAAACAAAAUUUUUUUGUGCUUGUUACAAGCUAUAAAAAAUUACUUUUUGUACAUUUUUUGUAAAAAAAAAAAGUAU